AUGUCAAAGAUAAAAUCAGAAUCAGAUGAUGCUUUUAAUGAACUACUAAAAGAAGAAUAUAAAGGCAAAAGAUUAACUGAUGAAAUUAAUACUGCUGAAGAUAAAUGGAAUUUAUUACCAGCAUUUUUGAAAGUUAAAGGUUUAGUUAAACAACAUUUGGAUUCAUUUAAUUAUUUUGUUGAUACUGAUUUAAAGAAAAUUUUACAAGCUAAUUCAUUAGUUUUAUCCGAUGUUGAUCCUGAUUUUUAUGUUAAAUAUUUAGAUAUUAAAGUUGGUCAUAAAACAAAUUCACCACCUGGGUAUAAAGAAGUUAUAUUACCACCGCAUGAAUGUAGAUUAAGAGAUUUAACUUAUUCUGCACCAAUAUAUGUUGAUGUUGAAUACACAAGAGGUAGAAAAAUUAUAAGAUAUAAUGAUUUAGAAAUUGGUAGAAUGCCUGUUAUGUUAAGGUCAAAUAAAUGUAUGUUGGAUGGAAUGAAUGAAAAACAAAUGGCUUCAGUUGAUGAAUGUCCUUUAGAUCCAGGUGGUUAUUUUAUUGUUAAUGGUACAGAAAAAGUUAUAUUAGUUCAAGAACAAUUAUCAAAAAAUAGAAUUAUUGUGGAAGCUGAUGAAAAGAAAAAUGUUGUGCAAGCUUCAGUUACAUCAUCAACUCAUGAAAGAAAAUCCAAAACAUAUGUUGUUACGAAAAAUGGUAAAAUUUAUUUAAAACAUAAUUCUAUAAGCGAAGAUAUUCCAAUUGUUAUUGUUUUAAAAGCUGCUGGUAUAACUUCAGAUUUAGAAAUUUUACAAUUAGUUUGUGGAAGUGAUCCAAAUUAUCAAGAUUUAUUUGUUGUUAAUUUUGAAGAAGCAGCUAAAUUAGAAGUUUUCACUCAACAACAAGCUUUAUAUUAUAUUGGUAAAAGAGUUAAAACUAUACGUAGAGCUGGCGCACCUAAAUUAUCUCAAUUGCAAGAAGGUAUAGAGGCUUUAGCAACCACAGUUAUUGCUCAUUUAACAGUUUCAGAUUUACAAUUUAGAGAAAAAGCUUUAUAUAUUGCAACUAUGGCUAGAAGAGUAGUUAUGGCAAUGCAUAAUCCAAAAAUGGUUGAUGAUAGAGAUUAUGUUGGUAAUAAAAGAUUGGAAUUAGCGGGUCAACUAAUGUCACUAUUAUUUGAAGAUUUAUUUAAAAAAUUCAAUUCAGAUUUCAAGGCAAAUAUUGAUAAAAUAUUGAAAAAACCAAGUCGAACUUCAGAAUUUGAUGCAUUACUUUCAAUUAAUAUUCAUUCAAAUAAUAUAACGAUGGGAAUGAAUAGAGCUAUAUCAACAGGUAAUUGGUCAUUAAAACGUUUCAAGAUGGAAAGGGCAGGUGUUACACAUGUUUUAUCAAGAUUAUCAUAUAUAUCAGCCUUGGGUAUGAUGACUCGUAUAUCAUCACAAUUUGAAAAAUCAAGAAAAGUUUCCGGUCCUAGAGCUUUACAACCUUCUCAAUUUGGUAUGUUGUGUACUGCUGAUACACCUGAAGGUGAAGCUUGUGGUUUAGUUAAAAAUUUAGCAUUAAUGACACAUAUUACAACUGAUGAUGAAGAAUUACCAAUUAAAAAGUUAUGUCUUGCAUUAGGUUGUGAAUCAAUUUAUGCAUUGGAUUCAGCUACUUUACAUACAGAAGGAAUGUAUGGUAUUUAUUUAAAUGGUACAUUAAUUGGUACAACAAGAUUCCCUGUUAAAUUUGUUACUGAUUUUAGAAGAUUAAGAAGAAAUGGUAAAAUAUCAGCAUUUGUUUCCAUUUAUACCAAUACACAUCAUCAAGCUGUUCAUAUAGCGACUGAUGGUGGUAGAAUUUGCCGUCCAUUAAUCAUUGUCGAAAAUAAUAGACCAAAAGUUACAGCUGAUCAUUUAAGAUUAUUAUUAGAUGGUCAAUGGGAAUUUGAUGAUUUUAUCAAGCAUGGCUUAGUUGAAUAUUUGGAUGUUAAUGAAGAAAAUGAUAGUUUAAUUGCAUUAUAUGAAAAAGAUAUCAAAGAAAAUUCAACUCAUGUAGCAACUACACAUUUGGAAAUUGAACCAUUUACUGUGCUAGGUGCCGUUGCAGGUUUAAUUCCAUAUCCACAUCAUAAUCAAUCACCAAGAAAUACUUAUCAAUGUGCGAUGGGUAAACAAGCAAUUGGUGCAAUUGCAUAUAAUCAAUUUAGAAGAAUCGAUACCUUAUUAUAUUUCAUGGUUUAUCCACAACAACCUAUGGUCAAAUCUAAAACUAUUGAAUUAAUUAAUUAUGACAAAUUACCAGCUGGUCAAAAUGCUACAGUUGCUGUUAUGUCUUAUUCAGGUUAUGAUAUUGAAGAUGCUUUAGUUUUAAAUAAAUCUUCAUUAGAUAGAGGAUUUGGACGUUGUCAAGUUGUACGUAAGAAUACAAUUCAAUUAAAGAAAUAUCCAAAUCAUACAAAAGAUAUACUAUCGGGUAUGAGAGUUAAUGAAAAUAAUGAGCCAAUUUUCCCACACAGGGCUUUAGGUCCUGAUGGUUUAGGAGAAGUUGGUAGUAGAAUCGAAAAUGGUCAAGUUUAUGCUAAUAAAUAUGUUCCAACUAAUGCAGGUGAGUCUACAUUAGGUGGUCAUGAUCAACCACAAUCUGCAGAAAGUCAUAGAGAAUCAUCAGCUGUUUAUAAGGGACCCGAACCUUCAUAUGUUGAUCAAGUUAUGAUGUCUGUUAGUGAUAAUGAUCAAGCAUUAAUUAAAGUUUUAUUACGUCAAACAAGAAGACCAGAAUUGGGAGACAAAUUUUCAUCAAGACAUGGUCAAAAGGGUGUUUGUGGUAUUAUUGUUCAACAAGAAGAUUUUCCAUUUAAUGAUGAUGGUAUUUCACCAGAUAUAAUUAUGAAUCCGCAUGGUUUCCCAUCUCGUAUGACAGUUGGUAAAAUGAUUGAAUUAGUUUCUGGUAAAGCAGGUGUUUUAAAUGGUACUUUAGAAUAUGGUACAUGUUUUGGUGGUUCAAAAUUAGAAGAUAUGUCACAAAUUUUAAUUGAUAAGGGGUUUAAUUAUUCUGGUAAAGAUAUGCUUUAUUCAGGUAUAACGGGAGAAUGUUUACAAGCUUAUAUUUUCUUUGGUCCAAUUUAUUAUCAAAAAUUGAAGCAUAUGGUUUUAGAUAAAAUGCAUGCAAGAGCAAGAGGUCCAAGAGCUGUUUUAACAAGACAACCAACUGAAGGUAGAAGUAGAGAUGGUGGUUUAAGAUUAGGAGAAAUGGAGAGAGAUUGUGUUAUUGCUUAUGGUGCUUCUCAAUUAUUAUUAGAAAGAUUAAUGAUAUCAUCUGAUGCUUUUGAAAUUGAUUGUUGUAAUAAAUGUGGUUUAAUGGGUUAUAAUACAUGGUGUACAACAUGUAAAAGCAGUGAAAAUGUGAUAAAAAUGACAAUACCCUAUGCUGCUAAAUUGUUAUUUCAAGAGCUAUUAUCCAUGAAUAUUGCACCAAGAUUAAGAUUAGGUGAUGUCUUUUAA